AUGCUUAGAAACAUUCAUCUGCUGCACCUCUUCCAAUCCAUCAUUUUGGAGAAGGGUCAUUUAGGUAAUAACUAUCUAUCCCUCUACAGAGGAAAUGAGCAACAGCAAGAACAGCAGCAACAGGAUCAAAUGACAUCACUAAGAUUUUUACAGCAGCAACAACAUAAUCUGCAAGCGAGUUUCCUGUCGCAGUUCCUGCAGUCGCCACAGUCUCCUGACGGUCAGGCUGCCACCUGCUUCCCACUGUCGGCGCCCUUGGGUCUUUCCCUCUCUUCACCUUGCCAGCAGCGCAGCCCUCCCCAGUCGCAACAGCAGUCGCGGCGCGUGAGAGUUCCGUCGCCGUUGCACCCGCUGACGCCACCGGAGCUCGGGUCGCCACUGCAGUGGCGGCAGUCGCCUUCGCUGACUUCGUCGCAGUCGCGGAACUCUGGGGCGGGCAACCCCGGGGGUGGUCAGGUGUGCCUUGAGCGUGCGGCCCGCUUCCACAAGAAUGCUGCCUCUCUGGUUGAUGCCACCUGCACAUGGAGUGGAACAUUACCACCACGAUCUGUCAAGUCUGGUGCCUAUUCGUGUAAGGUAUUCCUUGGAGGAGUUCCUUGGGACAUGGGCGAGGCAGCCCUGGUGAAUGAACUUCACCAGUUUGGCCAGAUACGCAUAGAGUGGCCAGGCAAAGAACAGUCGGCAUCACAGCCGAAAGGCUACGUUUAUGCCAUUCUCGAGUCUGAAAGGAAGGUUAGAGAGCUCCUGAAUGCAUGCACUCAAGAGUUGACGAGUGGUGGCAGCUGGUAUUUCAAGAUAUCCUCAAAGAAGAUGAAAGCCAAGGAAGUCCAGGUAAUCCCAUGGCUGUUAAGUGAUAGUAACUACAUAAAGUACACUUCACAGAAGCUGGACCCACAGAAAACUGUAUUUGUUGGUGCUCUUCAUGGAAUGCUAAAUGCUGAGGGUUUGGCGAAAAUAAUGAAUGACCUUUUUGGAGGUGUGAUAUAUGUAGGCAUUGACACAGACAAAUACAAGUAUCCAAUAGGCUCUGGCCGUGUGACCUUCAACAAUCCUCGUUCAUAUAUGAGGGCAGUAGUCGCAGCAUUCAUAGAAAUAAAAACUCCUCGUUUCACUAAGAAGGUGCAGGUAGACCCGUACCUGGAAGACUCCCUCUGUUCAUCGUGCGGCCUGCAGCAGGGGCCUUACUUCUGUCGAGACAUGGUGUGCUUCCGCUACUUCUGCCGGACCUGUUGGCACCGACACCACGAUGGGCGCGAGCAGCUGCAGACGCACAAGACGCUGAUGCGCAACUCCAAAGGGAGCCGUGCCGCCCCCAUCUCCGUGCCGGGCUUCUCGGCUCCUUCACUGUCAUCCCCGUCCUUCUCGUCGAUGAGUCCUCCCACUCUCAUCAACUGA